AUGUUCAGCAGAGUUGCGCGAGCGCGAGCACCCGCCUCGAUCCUUCGCCGCCCCGUCACGCAGACCCCGACCCCGACGCCCAGGAGAUUCGCAAUGGCGCCCGCCAGGAAGCAGUCGUCGCUGCCCGAGGGCUACAAGGAGGACCACAGCAAAGGCGCCAUGCUGCGCUUCGAGGACUCGCUCCCCCGGCUGCCCGUGCCGACGCUCGCGGAGACGGCCAGGCGGUACCUCAAGUCGGUGCACCCGCUGCUGUCCGCGGCCGAGUUCGAGCAGACAACCCGGGCCGUCAACGACUUCGUCGCGCCCGGCGGGCCCGGCGAGACGCUGCAGCAGCGCCUGGAGGAGCGGCGCGCGCGGCCCGAGAUCAAGAACUGGCUCGCCGAGUGGUGGAACGAGGCGGCGUACAUGGGCUACCGCGACCCCGUCGUGCCCUACGUCAGCUACUUCUACUCGCACCGCGACGACAAGAAGCGCCGGGACCCGGCCAAGCGCGCGGCCGCCCUCUCCACCGCCGUGCUCGAGUUCAAGAGGCUCGUCGACGGCGGCCAGCUGGAGCCCGAGUACAUGAAGAAGCUGCCCAUGGCCAUGAGCUCGUACGAGUGGAUGUUCAACUGCAGCCGCGUGCCCAAGAAGCCCGCCGACACGAGCGUCAAGUUCCCCUUCGCCCAGAACCAGCACAUCGUCGCCGUGCGCAAGAACCAGUUCUGGAAGAUCCCCCACGAGAUCGGCGGCAAGCAGCUCAACACCAGCGAGCUCGAGCUGCAGUUCAGGCGCGUCUACGACAGCGCCGUCAAGACCGACGCCGUCGGCAUCCUCACCUCGCAGAACCGCGACGUCUGGGCCGACGUCUACCCCAAGCUCAAGGCCGCCUCCCCCGUCAACGCGGCGGCCAUCGAGGCCAUCGAGGCGGCCUCGUUCGUCGUCUGCCUCGACGACGCCUCCCCCGUCACCCUCGAGGAGCGCGCCCACCAGUACUGGCACGGCGACGGCGCCAACCGCUGGUUCGACAAGCCGCUGCAGUUCAUCGUCAACGACAAUGGCACCUCGGGCUUCAUGGGCGAGCACUCCAUCAUGGACGGCACGCCCACGCACCGCCUCAACGACCACGCCAACAAGCUCAUCUUCACAAACGCCCUGCCCUUUGACGACCCCUCCAUCCGCUCCGACCUGCCCAACCCCAAGCCGCUCCGCUUCGAGCUCAACGCCGAGCUCAAGAGCGACAUCGCCGCCGCCGCCGCCCACUUCACGAGCCAGAUCGGCGCCCACGAGCUGCGCGUGCAGGCCUACCAGGGCUACGGCAAGGGCCUGAUCAAGAAGUUCAAGUGCAGCCCGGACGCCUACGUGCAGAUGAUCAUCCAGCUGGCCUACUACAAGUUCUACGGCAAGAGCCGCCCCACGUACGAAUCCGCCGCGACCCGCCGCUUCCAGGAAGGCCGCACCGAAACCUGCCGCACAGUCUCCGACGAGAGCGUCGCCUUCUGCGAGGCCAUGACGAGCCCAGACACCACACCCGAGGAGUGCGCCGCCAAACUGCGCGCCGCCCUCGCCGCGCACGUGGCCUACAUCAGCGACGCCUCCGACGGGCGGGGUGUCGACCGCCACCUCUUCGGCCUGAAGAAGUGCCUCAAGGAGGGCGAACCCGUGCCAGCGCUGUACUCGGACCCGGCGUACAGCUACAGCUCCACCUGGUUCAUCUCCUCGUCGCAGCUGUCGUCCGAGUACUUCAACGGCUACGGAUGGAGCCAAGUCGUCGACGACGGCUGGGGUCUCGCCUACAUGAUCAACGAGAACAGCAUCCAGUUCAACGUCUGCUCCAAGGGUCUUGGAUCGGACAAGAUGAGCUUCUACCUCAACGAAGCAGCGGGCGACAUCCGCGACGUCAUGCUCCCCUCGCUCGAGGCGCCCAAGGCCAAGUUGUGA